UUCGUUUAAGCUCGAGAGUAGAGGGUCUUUGAGCCUGCGAGCAUUAGUGACAUGGAUACAAAAUGGCGGAUAGAAUUUUGCUGAACGCGACUAAAGGAAAGCCUAAAUCCCUCAGUAUUUGCAAUAAGGAGUUGCGAAAUGUUCCACCAAUAAUCGGAAAAAUAACUACUCUAAAAACUGUGGACUUGAAGAACAAUGUAUUAACAGAUCUACCUCCCGAAUUUUCCUCACUUAAACAGCUUGAAUCUCUGAACCUUGGAAACAACAAACUUGCAGUUCUUCCGGAAGUCCUCUCCUUCUUGUCUGGCUUGCAGAGGUUGCACUUGUUCAACAACAAAUUAAGCGAACUUAAUUCAGUUGUUCUCAGUGGACUUCAAAAACUCACAUUUCUCAAUUUGAAUGGAAACCAGCUACAUACCUUGCCAAGUGAAAUCAACAGGCUGGUAUCCUUGCAGUUUCUUAGCGUGAAUCACAAUCACCUUCAAAGUGUUCCAACAGAGAUCUGUCACUUGAUCAACCUGACAGAGCUGCAUCUUGCCGAUAACCAAAUAUCAAGCCUUCCAGAAGACAUGGCAUUUCUUAGGAACCUCACCAAACUUUAUGUGUACAAAAACUUUAUAGAGGAGUUACCAGAGGGCUUGUCAAAAUGUACCCAGCUCAGGGUUCUGGAUGUGUCAGCCAACAGACUCAGAAUAUUCCCUGCUGAGCUGGCACAUCUUCCUCUAAAGGAACUGUAUUGUGAGGAAAACAACCUUUUACAGCACAUCCCUGUUCAUUCACAACAGGAAGAUGAAGUGCUGACAUUAAAGGAGAUUACAGCUCGUUGUGUAUUGAAGGAACUCAAAGACGGGUAA